AUGUUCUGCUUCUGCCUGCAGAGUUCCCUGCUGAAGCUUCAGGCGCUGGAGGUGGAGGGGGGCCCCUCGCUGGGUCCGUCCCCAGAGGAGAGCCCCCCUGCCCUGGGCAGCAAGGAGCAGAAGAGCCCCUGUGGGUCAGUGGAGCUUGGAGGGAAAGAUGGGAAGACGCUGGCUCUCUGCCACAGCAUCCCAGCUGAUGAAAACAGCCCCCCAGAGCUGCUGACAGUAGUGACCAGACCUCCACAGUCUCCCAGACAUCAGCCGUUUACUACCAUCCACCCUGGCCAGCAGCCCCUGACCCCCGAUGGAGUUCUGCCACCCAGCCCUCACCACUCCCCCUGCUCCCCGCAGAGGAGCAGCCCUGGAGGUGAGGGGGGAGGAGGGGGAGGCGAGGGAGGAUGUGGGGCUCUCCUCCAGCUCCUGGCGGGUGGCCCCAGCCCUCUGCCCUCCCCCCGCUGCUCCAGCCUCAGCCACAGCCUGAGGUUCAACUCCGACCCCGACACCGCACCGUCACCGCCCUGCAGCCAGCAGUACAUACAGUGUCGGGGUCGGGACCGGGCCGAGGGCUCGGAGGACCAGGAGUGUCCCUCCUCCAUCCCGUUCCUCACCAGACAGAUUCAGAUGCUGAAGAAGAAGGUCCGCAGGUUUGAGGAUCAGUUUGAGCAGGAGAUGAACUACAAGCCGUCCCACAACGAUAAAUACUCCAACCCAGAGAUGAUCCGAGUGAUGGGGGAACUGGCGAAGGCUCGCAAACAGCUCAAAGAGAUGAGGCUCAGACAGUCGGUGUUUGAGUCGAAGGAGCCAGACGGUCCAGGAAACACCUGCAGGUAUGGCUCCGGCCAGCAGGGAGCGCCGGACCACAAACCCACACUGGAGGAGACGGUGGAGUCUCUGUUCAGACGGCUGAGAGAGAAGAGACAGGCUCUGGGCCUGCCAGACAACAUGAAGGAGAUGACUCAGGCUCAGAUGGUGUUGGAGAAGAUCACUCUGCAGAAAUGUCUGCUCUACUUUGAGAGUGUACACGGGCGGCCGGGAGGUAAACAGGAGAAGAACCUGGUGAAGCCUCUGUACGACAGAUACCAGAUGAUCAAACGUUUACUGUGUGCCAGCCCGACUAUCCCCACUAUAGAAGAAGAAGAUGGUUCUGAUGAAGACUCAAUGAGCUCCUCGACAGUCAAAGAACUUCCCGUCCCACCUCCUGGCAGAGCGGCACGACCUGCUGCCGGCGAGGAGGACAGCGACCGGGACAGUGACCCGGCUUUCGUGUCCCCAUUAGACGAGGUGAAAGCCGUCCAUCAACAACCUGCUCUCACCAUGGCCAACCUGCACGAAGCAUCCAGGUCUCAACUGCUGCAGUGUCUGCGGGAAACAAGGGCGGAGAAGAAGACGAGACGUAAAGUUCUGAGAGAGUUUGAAGACGAGUUUUACCGCCAGACUGGAAGAAUCUGUCAAAAAGAGGAUCGUACUCCGAUGAAGGAGGAAUACCAGGAAUACAAACAGCUCAAGGCGAAACUCCGUCUUCUGGAAGUCCUUCUAAGCAAACAGGAAGUCCCUAAAACCAUGUGAGAGGAAACUGAAGCUCCCCAAAACACUUGAAAACUUUUAAUGUGAUUAUCUGAGAGCAGAAAAGGUCUUUUUAUGUGCUUCUGUUCAGAGAAGAGGAAGUGGUGAAAGGAUUGUGUUUUGGCUGAGGCCACGCUUUUUCCUUGCCAUUAUUUAAAUACACCCUAUUUCAGCUAUGUUAGCUGCAUAGCUCAAGAAAUAACAUCAGUCGGUUAUAGUUUGAUCAUCUUUGACCUCAUUAUUCAGUGUUUUGUUUUAGGUUCAAAGCCGUUAUAAUUUGUCAUAUCCAUCAAGAAAUACGCUGAUUUAAAAGAAUAGUUCAACAUUUUGGGAAUCCAUUUAUCUGUUUAAAUUGAUAACACUCUCAUGUCAGUACAGUAAAUGUGAAGCUAAAGCCAAGGCUGGUUAGCUAAGCAUAGCAUAAAGCCUGGAAACAGCUAGCCUAGCUCCUAGCAUGCUACCGUGACAUACUAAAUGUGUCACGGAAGCAUCUUAAUGUUAGUCUUGUGGACGUUAACCACCAUAUUUAAUGUUAACAUGCUAAAUGUUUUAGUCCAAUGUUAGCUUAGCCACAACAUGACUGCUAAAUGUGUUGUGCUAACAAAGGCACAACAUAACAUGACACAGCUGUAUGUAGAACAUAGCCAACAUACCAUGAUAAUGAUCAUAUAUGUUGGACCUUAAUAAUGAAAUGAUUACAUGCUAACAUGCUACCAUCAGUGUAAUAUAUUUCCAUAACACUGACUCUAACUUUAGCGGGUCAGCAUGAAACAUUGUAAUGUGCUUGCAGUUAUCACGUUAGCAUACAACAGGAAAUGCUACAUCCUAAAUGUUUCUUAGAUUUAUCUUGAUGUUGUGCUAUCAUGUUACAUUCAUACAUACAUACAUACACUAACAUACGGUUUUAACAUACAAACAUUUCUAUUUAACAGUCCAAUGUUAGCUUAGACACAACUCAGCAUGACUCAGCUGUAUGCAGAACUAAUGCUAACAUACCAUUGCUCUGCUAAUGUGACAGUUGUAAGCAUGUUGGGUGUUGAUAAGGAAAUGUUUACAUGCUAACAUGCUACCAUGACAUUAGCAUAGUAACUUUAACGUUAGCAUGAAAGGUUUAGGAUGUUGUAACCUGGUUAUCGUGGUAGCAUACACCAGGUAAUGCUAUUGCUGCGUUCAGUUGGUGUCAUGUUCACCGUGGUAUUCAAAACUUUCAAAUACAUUUUCUGAGCGCUCCGAGUUCAUGACUUUAUGUACACGAGUACCCAUGUCAUAAACUCGAGCUCAUGAGUUCCAUUUGAACGACACACAUUAGCAUUAAGUUCUACAUUGUCACAGAGAGUUGUGCCUAACCUAAUGUUAGCAUAUUAGGACACAUUUAGCAUGUUAAGGUAGCAUUUUCACAUUCAAAUGGAUUACACCUUUAUGUGGUAAAGGACGCUCACAAGUUGGAGGAAACUUUAAUUUUUUUCUGUAACGUUACAUUUGUGAGUUUUGGACGAUAACAGACUUCUCACUACUUCCUCUCCAAACUGUAAAAUCUAUAAAUAACGUUACUCCAGAAAAGUUUUAUAAGGUAUAAAAAGAGAUCUAUCUGCCAUUCUGUCAGUGGAAACUUGCCUACCAGCAUCCUACAGUAUUUACCUGCAUCAAGUCUGAAUUUUGUACAACUGCAUUUAUUCCAGUCUGCAACGAUGAAGACGAUUCCAGAGGUAAAAUUAACUGCAGACAUGCGUUCCCUCCAUCUUGUUUGAGUUAACGGACCAAACUAUUUUUUUAUAUGGGACUAAAUGUGUGUGUAUCGAACUGAGAGCACUUUAAUCUGUCACCGGGGGUUUGCAAGAUGAAGAAGAAAGUUUGGCUUCCUCUCAACAAUAUUAAACAACAUUCAGAGUUUGCCUCUGAAGGAGCUGAUGAGGUUCAACUAAAACGUGUGUUUGGACUAGAAACGUUUGGGACAAAGAUGCAAUGUACAACUUAUUGUUAGUCUUGUGUAUGUCAACAUAUGUUGGAAAAUAAUGCUUUGGAGAGAUGAAUGCAUUGGUAUAUAUACAGUG